AUGGAAAGAGAGUUCCUUGAUUCAACUACUGGUGGAUCGUUUUUGGACAAGAGCAAUGUAGUAGCAAAUGAUCUUUUGGAGAAGAAAGCUAUGAACAACCAACAAUUUGGAACAUCUGCUAGUUCCACACGGCAGGUACAUGAGACCAACUCGAGUUCAAGCUCUACUCUAGAGGACAAGGUUGAUAAGUUGUCCAAGAUGAUGAGUCAUUUCAUGAAGACUAGUAGAGCUCAAGGUUGUGGAAUCUGUACGGAGGGGCACCCUACUGAUCAGUGUCCUCAAGUUGCUUCUAGUAGAGGGUAUGAGGAAGUCAAUGCCCUUGGUUAUCAAGGAGCUGUUGGGAAAAGUCAAUUGAAUACCGUGACUCAAACUUUGGUGGUGGGUCAACAAGCGAAUAGCGAGGACAUUGUAGAGCUAAAAACACAUAUGGGCCAGGUAAUAGACUUCAUGGGCCGUUUUUCUGAGCAAGGGAAGUUGCCAAGUGGUGUCAUACCCAACCCAAACAAUGAGCAAGCCCAAGCUAUCAUGACAAGGAGUGGGCUCGAGCUAAAGGAGUGGCCUAGUGUUGCUAGGAAGACCCAAGCGGCCCAUGUUCUUGAGGAAGGUGACGAGAUGACUAUGAUGAAUGACUUGGAGAAAGAUCCAGUUACCUCCAACUCAAUGUUUGCAAAGAGCAAGAAGGAUAAAACUGAUGAGGAGGUGUUGGAGGUCUUUAGGAAUGUGCUAGUUAACCUUCUAUUGUUGGAGUGUAUCAAGCAGAUCCCAAAGUAUGCGAAAUUUCUUAAAGAGAUUUGCACUUCAAAAAGACAAAUUAGGGAAGAGAAUGUAGUGAAGAUGAAUGAGACAGUCCCGAAGUUAGAUUUGAAGGAGCUUCCAGAUAAUUUGAAGUAUGUGUACCUUGGAAAGGAUGACACUCUACUAGUUAUUGUGUCAUCAACACUGAGUAAGCAACAAGAAGCUAGAUUGAUUGAUGUGCUUUAG